UUUUUAAAGAAAGCAUUGGCAUUCCUGCAUCUGGCAGCCGCUUCCCUCGUUCCCCAGAACUGGAGACUGCGCAGUAAUAUGCGCUUAAAACAUCGCACAAAAGAACUGCUAAUACAAGGGGAAAAGACUGUGUAAAUCACAGAGGCAGGAUGUGCAGAUAAGAACACACUGUAGAGGCUGAGACUGGAGUGACAAGAGGGCUUCAGUGGGAAAACAUCGACAGUGAGCACGGGCAAAACAUAAUCUCGACAAAAUGAGGAGCGCUUUUCAACCUAAACACCUUUUAAAUGUGUUUCUCGUCCAAUUCUUUGUUUGGCAGCAAACUUCAGCUGCACCCUCACCAAUCAUAAAGUUCCCUGGAGACGAAAAACCGAAAACAGACAAAGAGAUUGCACUGCACUAUUUGAACAAGUUCUAUGGCUGCCCACAAGACCGCUGCAACCUCAUGGUGCUCAAGGACACCCUGAAGACCAUGCAGAAGUUCUUCUCACUGCCAGAGACAGGGGAGAUUGAUCAGAAGACGGUGGAGGUGAUGAAGAAGCCUCGCUGUGGAGUUCCAGACCUAGCUAAUUAUAACUUCUUUGCCAGGAGGCCCAAGUGGGAAAAGACGGGCAUUACCUACAGGAUUCUGGGGCACACGCCUGACCUGGAUGAAGAGGUAGUGGAUGAUGCCUUUGCUCGUGCCUUUCAAGUGUGGAGUAACGUGACGCCGCUGAAAUUCACAAGGAUCAUGGACGGGGAAGCUGAUAUCAUGAUCAACUUCGGACGCUGGGAGCACGGGGAUGGCUACCCCUUCGAUGGGAAGGAUGGUCUGCUGGCUCACGCCUUCGCCCCCGGCCCAGGCGUGGGUGGAGACUCUCACUUUGACGACGAUGAACACUGGACCCUCGGCGAAGGACAAGUGGUGAAAGUGAAGUAUGGAAGCGCAGAUGGUGAAUUCUGCAAGUUCCCGUUCCUCUUCAUGGGGAAGGAGUACAAUAGCUGCACAGCUGAGGGGCGGGACGACGGCUUCCUGUGGUGCUCCACAACCUACAACUUCGACGACGAUGCCAAGUACGGGUUUUGCCCCCAUGAACUGCUGUUCACUCUGGGAGGCAAUGCCGAGGGCGCCCCCUGCAAGUUCCCUUUCAAUUUCCAAGGCACCAAAUACGAGAGCUGCACCACGGAGGGGCGGACUGAUGGCUACCGCUGGUGCGGCACCACGGAAGAUUACGACAAGGACAAGACCUACGGGUUCUGUCCAGAGACAGCCAUGUCCACGGUGGGUGGGAAUGCUGACGGCUCUCCCUGUGUCUACCCCUUCACCUUCCUGGGAAAGACGUACGACUCGUGCACCUCCGAGGGGCGCAGCGAUGGCAAAAUGUGGUGUGCGACCACGAAGAGCUACGAUGAUGACCGCCAGUGGGGCUUCUGCCCUGAUCAGGGUUACAGUCUCUUCCUGGUUGCUGCCCAUGAGUUUGGCCAUGCCUUGGGUCUGGAGCAUUCCCAUGAUCCGGGGGCCUUGAUGGCUCCCAUGUACACCUACACCAAGAACUUCCGCCUCUCCAACGAUGACAUCAAAGGAAUUCAGGAGCUCUAUGGAGCACCAACGGAUAGACCCUUGCCACCAACCCAGGGCCCAGUUACCCCCAUGGAUUUGUGCCAGGAGGACAUUGUCUUUGACGGCGUGGCCCAGAUCAGAGGAGAAACGUUCCUCUUCAAAGACAGAUUCCUAUGGAGGACCACCAAUCCCAGGGGAAAGCCCACAGGCCCCAUGCUUGUGGCCACAUUCUGGUCUGAGCUGCCAGAAACCAUUGAUGCUGUGUAUGAGAUCCCUCAGGAGGAGAAGACUGUGUUCUUCGCAGGCAAGAAGUACUGGGUCUAUUUAGCCAGCAGUCUGGAGAGCGGGCAUCCAAAGAAGAUCUCCUCUCUGGGGCUGCCUGCUGAUCUGGACCGUGUUGAUGCUGCUUUCUCCUUCCAGAAGAACAAGAAGACCUACCUCUUCGCAGGUGACAAGUUCUGGAGAUACAACGAGGUGAAGAAGAAGAUGGACCCUGGCUUCCCCAAAUUCAUUGGAGAUGCCUGGAAUGGAGUGCCGGACAGUCUAGACGCUGCCUUCCAGUUUAAUGGUGAUGGUUUCACCUAUUUCUUUAAGGACUGGUACUAUCUGAAGAUGGAUGACACCAAUCUGAAGAUUGUGAAAGUGGGAAGUGUGAAGUCUGACUGGCUAGGCUGCUGAGCUGUAUGAAACACUCACUGUAUAUAACCGCAGCAUAGCCAUCCCUCCCUCUUCCUAUAAGCUGUAUCAGUGAGGAGCCACAGCUGAGGCAGCACUCGUUUAAGGUCCAGCCUGGUAAUGGUUCCACUAAUCGCCCGAGUACCAGCGCUGAUAUUCCAGCUGAGGUGUGCAAAUAAACCCUGUGCUGUAUGGAAUACCUUUCAGCAAUUGAAAACAGACCUUCACUAUUGCCCUGUAUAGCAUAGGUACUGUAUUGGGUAUGCCCACAUGAAUAUGAUUCCACUGGCUGUGACCUCUUAUUAUUCUGUUUAAUAAAGGACAGAUCUUUUUCUUUUUAAAGCACUUUGGGUUUUGUAACAAAUACCUUUACAAGGUCACCUGUUCUCUUUUAUAUCAGUGUUGCUAAAAUUUUACCUGCAGUUCAGAACGAUCCAUGGCACAGGUUGCCUAAGGUUUGUAUGUAGUGUGUUGCAUGAUGGAGUCAUGACAAGCGACCGUCAUUAAAGUUUAAUGGAAUCUUUUUAUUAUAACUUGUUUUUGGGGAGGGGGGGGGUUGUUUUGUUUUAAAUCGACAACUAGUACGUUGUAGUUUUGCUUUGUGCACUUUUGUCACUAUGCUUUGUUUAAAAAAAUAAAUGUCCCCAUUAGAA